CAGUGCGGAGGAAGCAUGGAGGUGUUACCCUGUUCUCGCGUGGCACAUAUUGAACGCACAAAGAAACCCUACAACAACGACAUUGAUUACUAUGCAAAGCGCAAUGCCCUGCGUGCCGCUGAGGUCUGGAUGGAUGACUUCAAGUCACAUGUUUACAUGGCGUGGAACAUCCCCAUGGCGAACCCUGGAGUUGACUUUGGAGAUGUUUCUGAAAGAAUAGCUCUACGACAGCGACUGCAGUGCCGGAGUUUUAAGUGGUACUUGGAGAAUGUCUAUCCUGAAAUGAGGGUUUAUAAUAAUACAGUCACUUAUGGAGAGGUGCGUAACAGCAAAGCUAGUGGCUACUGCUUAGAUCAGGGAGCUGAAGAGGAUGACAAAGCAAUCCUUUAUCCAUGCCAUGGAAUGUCCUCUCAGCUUGUCCGCUACAGCUCUGAAGGUGUCCUGCAGCUGGGGCCGCUGGGCUCCACCGCCUUUCUGCCUGACUCCAAAUGCCUCAUUGAUGACGGGAAGGGCAGGACACCGACUCUGAAGAAGUGUGAAGAUGUCCUGAGGCCAGCACAGAGGUUCUGGGAUUUCACACAGAAUGGUCCAAUCAUCAGCAGAGACACUGGCCGUUGUCUAGAAGUUGAAAUGUCAAAGGAUGCAAAUUUUGGCCUCAGAUUAGUUGUACAAAGGUGCUCGGGGCAAAAAUGGAUGAUUAGAAACUGGAUAAAACAUGGCCGACAUUGACUGCUGGGGCUGAGAAGCUGCCUCUCCUGCCGUUGUCCAUUGCUCAAUGUGCCAUAUCUUGCAAGGCAUUUGUCUUAAAGAAAAUUAGUCUGACCAGGACUUGGCUCUCAAGAGUCCUCCAUAGUUGGGCAUUCAAAGGAAAAAA